AUGAUCGGAUUCGCGACCAACCCUGGGCAAUUCGAGCAGCCCGAUGUCGACAUGAACUUCCAGAAGAAUGGCGACAUCAUGACCUAUGCUGGACGCAUGGUUGUUGGAGGCGACAAGCCAAUUGAUAAGGAUGCGAUCCUCUCGGUCCACGGCAACAUCGUCGUUUCCGGAAACUACUGCCGCCCAUCCGACGAGCGGCUGAAGGAGAACAUCUCCCCGCUCGAUAAAGAACAAGCCGUCGAACGCUUCAAGAACUACGAAAUCGUCACCUACGAUUACAAGCCUGAGGUGGCCGAAGCAUGGAACCUCGAUGAGAAGAACAAGACCCGAGCUGGUAUGAUCGCUCAACAACUCCGCGAGGUCUACCCUGAAGCCGUCAUGAACAACGGCGAGUUCCUGACCAUCGAUGAGAAUCGCCUGUUCUACGACAACAUGCUUGUCACCAAGGAACUGAUGUCCCUCACCCAGGAGCUUGACAAGAAGAUUGUCGACAACGUCGAUGAGCUCCAGAAGCGCAUCAAGUACCUCAUGCGCAAGAAGCAGCUCCUCGGAUCCAUUGCCAGUGGCCUCAGCGAUGCUACUUCCGGCUAUGGUGACUCGAAGUCGUACAUGUCGCUCAGCCAGCCUUCCCUUACCGACAUCAAGGAGAAGAAGAGCAAGAAACAGUGCCACAACCCGACCUGCCACCGUAACCAGCCCUUGUGCAGCCCCAAGCUCACCCAGGGCACCAUCAUCGGUCUGGUUGCUGUCAUGGCUAUCUGCCUGCUGACGAUGACCACGCUCUACAUUAUGGAUUGGCACAACCGGAACAACAGCCUGCACACCGUAUAUCAAAUCCCGUCCCACAAGAGCCCAAAAUCGGAUGAUAUCGGAACGAUGAUGAAGUCAACGAAUCAUUGGGUACCAGCGAGUCAACCAGGAAUCGAACCACUGAUGGGAGUAUGCCAGCAAGAUCAAUGCCAACGCUAUUGCUGCGGUGAUCCAACGAAGUACCGACCGGAUAUGCAUAUGCUGGAUGAUGAUGAGAUGGAUGUUGUUGAUGGACUGGCUGCACACCAGCAGACUUUCGAGAAACGCUCCGUCCCAUCCUACCCGGCUAGCAGCGAAGCGACGACAAUCGAGAUCCUGAACCUAAAUGUGACGUUGAGCGACGCCUACUGCUACGAAAGCUGCUCCAAGAAGCGCGGUCGCUUCAACUACUACAUCCCGAUCUCCUCGUACAUGCCGACUAUACCCCUGCUCAUCCGCAUCAACGCUCCGAAGGGCAAGAUGGUGAACAACUGCGGCUACCUGGUGGACUUCCAGGAGAAGCCGUGCUACUCGGAGCAGGAGUCUGGCGUUAGCAUCCAGAAGGCGCAAAUUCCAUAUGCGACGCAGAUCUCGGAUGAACUAUUCGAGGUAUCCGCCGGCUCCUUCAUGCAGUCGGCCUACCGAUUCCGUGUCGGCUACACCACCGAAGCCUGCUACUCCCUCGGCAUCUUCGACGAGUUCAACCUCGUCUUCUACCGCACCUGCGGACCCCCAGAUGCGCAACCAACCACCGCA